UGCUCCACGUGAAAAGAUACGCUGUAAAUACUCCGUUGAGAAUUGUACUCGCAAGAAAAGAUGACCAGAUUUGCACGAGCAAAAGGUUCCAAAGCGUCGAAUGAGAGAUUACCAAAUGAGGCUACGCCAUGGCAUAUAAUGAAACAGCAGUUGGAGGAGAACAAAAAUAAAACACCCUUAGAGAAGAAAAAGUCAGCAAAAGAAUUAUUAAAAAAUCAAGAAACAUUUAAUAGUAAUACUGAAAACACUCAAGAGUGGGCAGAAUUUGAAGAUAAUAGAUCUAAUAGAUCUAAUAAUAAGUCUAAAAGAAAGAAACAUGAGAAUCCAAAAACAAAUAAAAAUAUUACAAAAAAUUUGGAAAAUGAUAUAUUGUUGGAAAAUAUAGAAAAAUCGCAAAAGACAAAAGUUGCAAAAAUUAAAACAAACAACAAAAAGCAACAAAUAAUAGAUAAAACGACUAAAUUCUUUAACAAAAAGGAACAAGAUAUUGAUAAUUCAAAUUUGACAUCCAUUGAACAAGAAUCAAAUAUUUCACAAAAUGCACAUUCGAAUUAUAUGAUAAUGAGCAAACGACAGAAACGAAAUCAAAAAAGGAAGUUAGAAAUGUCCAAAGAUGGAUCCAAAAGAUUCAAAAAGGAUACAUCAUGCAAAGGUAAUAACAAGAGAGGAAAGAAUAAAAAAAAAGGAGAAUAUAAAAGAAGAAAACCAGACGCUGGCGUCACAAAAAUAAUAAUCAACGGUAUGGAAAUCGAAAUUGUCAUGUAUGACGGAUUUCCUGUGAAAAAGGAAGAUGCAGACAGAUUAACGGAACUUAAACAGAAAAUGAUAAUGAAAGGUAUACCAAAAUCCGAAGUGGAUAUGGCAAUGAAGCUGGAGAGACGCAGAGCCGAGAAAACCUUAGCACGUGUCAGAAAAUUCGUUUGCUUUAACUGUCGCAAGUCUGGACACAAUCUAUCAGAUUGUCCUGAGCUUGAUCGCAGUGAAGCCUGCACAGGCAUCUGUUUCAAGUGUGGAUCGACUGAGCAUACUCAUUUCGAGUGCAAAGUUAACAAGGAUUCUAAUUAUAGAUAUGCCAAAUGUUUCAUCUGCCGUGAGCAAGGUCAUAUCGCUAUGCAGUGCCCCGAUAAUCCUAAAGGCGUUUAUCCUCACGGAGGUUGUUGUAAAAUUUGCGGAGCCGUGACACACUUAAAAAAGGAUUGCCCUGAUUUAGUGAAUGCCAAGGAAGAGAGCACUAUUACGGUAGAGAAAAUGGAUGAUUCUGCUCUGGAAUCUUUGCAGGAAGAUAAAAAGGAGAAAAACGAGACCAGUAAACCAUCUAAAAAUAAAAUUGUUAAAUUUUAGGCGAUGUGCUUUAUAUAUUUAUGACCUUGUAAUAUAUCUCAUAUUAUCACCUGGAUUUUCUAAAAGAAGAAUAUAAAUUUAAAAUUUUGUUUUUUACAAAAA